AAAACAAUGACGUUGUACACACAAGCACAUGUUUAAUUAUUUGAUUCAGAGGAAUAUUAAUCAUCACCAGUUUUUUUCAAUAUAUACGGAUUUAAACAUAUUUUAGUGAAAUAUAAAUAAGCACAUUUAGGAGAAUUAUAUACAAGGGACAUAUCCACGUUUGACAGAGAUAUCACCAUUGGAAAUUUAUUCGCCUGACAACAAGGACAAAAAUCAUCCUCAAGUUCAGAUCAUGGAAAUUGGAAAAUGUUCAUCCUGCUCUUCAUCUUGGAAUUAAUGCAGAUAGCAGAAAAGCCAAAUCCACUGAAUAAUUGAGGUGUAACCCUGAUGUGUUGAGGGGCAAAGUGCAAUAAUUCAAGAUGUCUGCCGCAUCAUCGUCAAAGGCUCAGUCGACUCAUAGUGUAGAAGAAACAAUUAAGAUCUACACAGACUGGGCCAACCACUACUUAGAGAAGGCGAGAAGUAAGCAGACAAUUCGCGAUCUCCAGCAUGACGUCAAUGAUGGCGUUCUACUUGCCAUCAUUAUUGAAGCCGUCACAAAUGACAAAAUACCUGCCAUAAAACCAAAGCCAAGAACCUCUAGUCAAAUGAUUGAGAAUAUAGAAGCUUGCCUGUCCUAUCUUGCCAAUCUUGGUGUUAAUAUUGAUGGGCUGUCAGCUAAAGCAAUCCACAAUGGUAACUUGAAGGGAAUUCUGGGAUUGUUCUUCAGCCUCUCUCGUUACAAACAGCAACAAAAGAACAAUAUCCAAGCGCAGCAACAACGGCAGCAGCAGCAACAGAGGAAACAGCAAUCAACACGCAGUACUACAAGCGGGGCGACAUCUCGUGUGGCUCCAUCACAAAACAAUCCAGAAAUGCUGUCAAGACUUCCGUCACCAUUUAAAAAGGGACAAGCGUCAAAGGAGACUGCAAUGGCCAAUGCUCAAAUGUCGAAGAAAAGUGGGAGUUUCGGUGCCUCGGAUCGCGACCGUGUGAGACCCAGUGGAUACUCGUCAGCCAAUCAGACUCAGGGACAAGGUUCAUCGAUACCCACAAGUCGUACAACCAGUGCCGCCAGUUCACGAUCUACAUCACCUAGCAGCCACUCAGGUAUCCCCACCCCUGGGGGACGUAGCGCAAGUAGGUCAAACUCACUAAGUGAUAAACAUGGGAGUAAGAUCGUUCACUCAACGAGCACAAGUUCAGCGAGUUCACUAGCGUCAAACACAAGUGGAAAAGGUGCGACAAAAUCCCAGAGUGCAACAGCAGCCGGGAAAAAAUCUAUGUUGGAUAAGUUAUUUAAUUCAAAAGAACGAGAUAAAACAAAAGCCAAUGUUAAAACUAAAUCGACACCAAAGAGUGAUGCGUAUAAAGACCCUAGUAAGUCAUUAGCAGAAGCGAGGGCUAUAUCUCAUGGAAAGGUUACCACGGCAACAAAAGAAUCAAAACCAGGGUUAUUUGGUAAAAGUAAACCAGGGUCAAAGGUCAAAGAGGACAAGAACACACCUGGAUUGAAAAAGAACUCUCCUAGUGCGGGUCGUAAACCAGCCACAAAAGUAGAUCCAAAAAGUGCCCAAGGAAAUAGUCCCAGUUCAGUUAGAAAGAGUAAAAUCAGUGCCCCUAUAAAAGGAGUUCCUGCACAAAGAGGUAAUCAACGAACAGUUGCCCAAAAUAUCAACCAAUCAGCUCAUAGCGUCGGGCAGCCACCAGGUGGGUCUGGUAGAGGUGUCCCAGGGCAACAAAAAUCGACAGGGCUUUCUAGGCCUAAUACAGUGAAAGUAUCCAAUCAGCAAGCUGCUGCGGAUAAUAGAAAAGCAAGUGCAAUAUCGGCAAAGGAGGCCAAAGGAGGUACUCCCUUCCAGAAGAUUCCACAGACGAAUCAAUCGAGACCUCUUCCACCUAGUCGUAUGCCGACGACUCAACUACAAUCUCCACAACAGGAGGUGCAUCCUGGGUAUAACACCAAUAGUCUCUCAAGGUCACAAGGUCAACAGAUUGCAUCGCCAUCUAGUGGUGCCAGUACACCUUCCUCAGGAAUCCCGCGAGGGUUUUAUAAAGCAGCUCCAAAUAGAGCAGGAAAUGAGAGUGGAGGAGAACUGAGGCACCCUCAGAUCCUGUCACCCACAGGGUCAUUGCAGCGUGUCAAAUCCCCUUAUAACUCCCUUACACGUAGACCACAACCAGCAGCCAUUUUGAAUAAUUCACCUCAAUCUGCUACAUCACAACCAAUCACAUCUCAGCGGAGAGAUUCAGCUCAAAAUAACACUGGACACUCUCAACCAGUCGUAAAUUCUCCGACGAAUUCAAUCUCUCGGCAAUCCUCUGGGGGGUCCCCAAAGCAGAAUAACUCCCCCCAGAGUGGCUCCCCUCAGCAUAGUGGAUCAUCCCAACAGGGGUCGCCACAGCAUGUAGUCUCACCCUCAAAUUCACUGAGGAAAACAUCCCCGUCAAAUUCGCUCCAGCGAAGGAUUAAAAUGGGUAUUAAAUAUACGGAGAAUAAUGUAGAACGAGCGUUGCAAUCAUCCGGCAAGAUUAGUAAUAGUGCAUCCAGUAUGAGUGAUUCAAAUAAUUCAACAAGCAGCAAGAGUGGAAACAGUGACCAAUCAAAUGACAGCGUUAUAUAUCGCCCGUCGGAAACAGAAGAUAACAUGUCGGGUCUUGAAAGUGACUCAAACAUGAGGUCUGUGAAUAAACCUGAAAGGAAAAUACAGAAUACGAAUGGCGCUCCAACAGCUGACGAUCCUACCUCAAAAAUCAAAGACCACAUAACAGCAUUGAAGGAACAGCGCGAGCGUAAAGCUGCAAUGAACAAUAAGAAUAGUAACGGCCCAAAAGUCGAGACCACAUUUGAUUCAGAGGUCACUACUGAAAAUAUCGCAGGUACAAGUUCACCAAAGGAGACAACAUUUGAGGUUGAAGAAGAUGAGAAUUUUGAAUUGGACACGAUGGAUAUUAAACCCAUGGAGCCCCUUGAGAGAUCAACUCCCUAUAGUUACCUCCGGGCAUUCAGUAAAGAUGGCACUGAUAAUCAGCGCACAUUUAAUCGCUAUAACUUCCCUGGGUCUUCCUCGUAUCAACACACUCCCGCUAGUCAAGCCUCGAGUCGAAUCGGUGUCAACCGAUUACUCGAUCCAAACAAGUUUCUGUCAAACUCAAUGAAACGGACAACAUCGAACUGUCAAAGUGUACAAGAGACCGAUUACGGCUCGGAUGCAGAAAGUUGCGAUAUGGCUGGUGGAUAUGUCAGUGAUGGAGAUGUCUUGAGGACCAAUCGCCAGGAUGAUUAUAGCGGGUAUAUGAGUGAGGGAGGGGCGUCGUUGUAUGCAAGGCGAAUGCAACAGAGGUUCAGAGAGGGUAUGCAAGCAGUUAGAGAGUGCAUGCAGAAGAGCAACCAACUUAUUGAUAAUGACAGUUUUGACGAUGAGAGCUCGAUCAGCAGUGGAGAGAUCAGCGACUCAAUCGACAACUUGAGCACAGAUGAUAAUAUCGUCAAUGCCGUCUCAGCUCCAGCCAAUCAGGAUGAGUAUACACAUUACAGUGGAUCUCCAAACAACCACAAAAAUACAAAUCAGUUGAAUCAGAAACAUUAUAACUCAUUGGAUUCUGCGUCUAAUUCACCGUAUAUGCGAUAUAAAAAAGACGACAGUAGAAAAUUGAAUAUUUUAUCUGAUUCAGAGAUAGAUACGGGACCCUGGGAACGAAGGAAUGAUUUAAAAUCAAACUUUGGCGGUAGAUUCAGACAUGAUUAUGUUUCAGUGGCACCUGUUUUGAAAAACUCUGCCGGGUCUCAAUCAGAUAUUGUUAAAUACUCUGGGGGUCAGUCGACAGCUGAAUUAACUACCUCCCCCAGGCCGGCAGCAAAUGCACGGUCAAAUGUUAUGAAACAGGACUCGGGUACCAACACAGAUACGUCAAGUUUUAUUCGCAAAGUGCCAAAUCAGAGAGGAGUGAGCUCUGGAAUGCAACCUCCAGGUGCCGUGCAAUACGCUUAUAGGCGCCAGGCGGGGAAUGUAGCAAUACCAACAGCAGGCGGAAAAUACACACAGAGACUCAGUAACAUGCAGGGGACACGAUUGGCUAAUCCAGAUGGUAGCCCGAGGGUGUAUGCUUACAAGAAAUCACCUGGGAAUGAAUCGGCACCCGAGAUGUACAGCACGAGUACUUUAGAACGUAUGAGGAAUCGGGGAAUUAUCCCGCAAUCAAAAACUCAGAUUGGAAUAUCAAAUAGAGAUGGUCACCAAGGGCAACAGUUACAUGGAGACAUGGAACAAUAUCGAUCAAACACGCUUGGAAGGAAACGCCCAGAUAGCUCCCUCAAGGAGAAACUAUUCGGCAGUCGCAAUAGCCUAAAUAAAGGUCAGACUGGCCAAGGAGGUCUAUCUAGCGACACUAUAAUCUCAAAUCCACAUGCCACACUCAGCACAAAAAAAGCCGAAGGUCAAGGUCAACCAGGACAGCGACCGGCUGAUAAUCAGGGCCGCAGAAGCUUGUCAUAUAUCAAUAACUACCUCAGUCCUGAUUUGUCGGGAAAUCGCCCAGCUAGCACUAGUAGCCCGAUUGGAUGGAUGAAAAAUGGCCGGGCCAGCCCAGUUAAUGGUGCCCAAGGUCAGAUGUCUGAUACAGAAAGCAUGGAUUCUUUACCCCACCAGGGGUCAACAGUGCAUCAACAGAUUCAAACAGCCAGAGCGCUUGGAAAUGCUUCCCGGAAUUUAAUCGCGCAGGAAAAGGAAUCUAACCUACAUAGAUCUGACAGCUUUAAAUCAUCAAAAUCUGAACGUUUGUACCCGACUUAUAUGCAGCAAAAGAUGUCACCAUCGACUGAUAUAAGCCGGACGGGGUCAUUCACGAAUGUUCAUGGAGUCCCAGGAAACAUGCCCUCACCCUCAGGAAGUACCAGCUCACGGUCAAGUUCACAUUUUGCAUACCCGUUGACGCCUUUCAGCUUAAGCUCCAUGAAUGGGGGAGGGAACAUAAGAUCGCCAUCUCAAUACAGUGACAGCAUCACUAUGGGCUUAAAAGAUGAUAUUCAUGGUUCUGCGCUGUCACUUGCUUCCCAGAAUUCCAGUGUCUACUCAACACAGGAAGACAAACAGGCAUCGGAGAUUCGUAAACUGCGACGUGAACUAGAAGCAGCGCAAGAUAAAGUCUCAACAUUGACAACGCAGCUUGGCACAAAUGCUCAUGUCGUUGCUGCAUUCGAACAGAGUCUUUCCAACAUGACCAACCGUCUCUCUCAGCUGACGUCAACGGCUGAACAGAAAGACUCAGAAUUGAUGGAGUUACGGGCCACUAUAGAAAGGCUACAGAGGAGUGGAAAUCUGUUAUCAAACCCAACCAGCCAGGGGAGCAUGUUCAGAGACAGGGAUGGCAGUAUAUCAGGCCUGACUGACACGCCAAAGAUGACACGCCAUCUAUCCAACGACAGUAUGUCAAGCAUCAAUAGUAUGUCAAGUGCGUGUAGUGGUGCGAGUCAACAAAGUUCCGCCACGGACACGGAAAACGGCAAGAAAAAGCACAAAAAAGGAUGGCUGAGGAGCUCAUUCAGUAAAGCAUUUACAUCAAAGAAGAAGAAAAACAAAAAUGGAUCAAUGUCCGAUGUCGAACCAGACACAGCUUCAGUCCGUUCUGACCAUAGUUUACGCUCGGACCACUCAGUGCCAAAUUCUCCCAUGUUACAUGGUGCAGUGCCACCUGGAAUGGGACCCCUUGGACCAAUAAAAAUGUCUACAUCCUCACAUGCGUUUGGUGACCAUGAAUCGGACACUGAAUCAGUGAUUCAACUGCAAAUGCAACUCCGGGAAAAAGAUAUGAAACUUACAGAUGUGAGGCUGGAAGCAUUGUCCUCAGCUAGUCAACUUGAACAAUUAAGAGAUACCAUGACGCGUAUGAAAAAUGAGAUGUCGCAGUUAAAAAAUGAUAAUGAUCGGUUGCAGACCAUGAUCACCGGAAAAGCUAAGAGCCCCGAUGCUUUAUCAACUUCCAUGUCAAUAUUAAAAAGUACAGAAUCUCUAGAUAAGAGGCUUAGUCUAGGCUCAACACAUAGUAACCUAGAUUUAUUACUGCAUAGUGACGACGAAAGAGAAGGACGACGCGUCACAAUAUCCGUAUUCUUAGGCGCAAAUGAAGACCAGUCAGCGCUCGCAAAAUCAAAUGUUCUAGAAGCCAUGAUUGGCUCAAUGUCAGUGAGCGGAAAAAUAAAAUGGGACAUGUUAGACACAAUAGUGAAACGAGUAUUUAAGGAAUAUGUUUUACGAUUAGAUCCAACAACAAAUCUAGGACUUAGUGGAGACAGUAUUAUGUGUUAUCAUAUCGGAGAUGUGAUUCGACAAAAAGAUUCCCCACAGCCAGAGUUUCUACCCUGUGGGUACCUCGUGGGGGACAACAUGCAGAUAAAACUCAGCCUUAGGGGAGCACCACAUAAUAGCAUUGACUGCUUAGCAUUCGAAUCUCUCAUCCCCAAGUCUAUUCUCCAACGUUACGUGUCCCUACUCAUGGAACACAGGAGGAUCAUUCUCUGUGGCCCCAGUGGGACGGGAAAGACAUAUUUGGCCCAGAAAUUAGCUGAGCAUUUGUUGCAAAGGUCCAACACGGAGAAUACAGCAGGAGCAAUCGCAACUUUCAACGUGGACCACAAAUCUAGUAAAGAACUCCGCCAAUACCUCCAGAACAUAGCAGAGCAGUGCGAGACACCAGACUCUAAGGACCUCCCUAGCGUCAUAAUACUCGACAAUUUACACCAUGUGUCCUCACUCGGGGAGGUUUUCAAUGGCUUCCUCAACUGUAAAUACCUUAAGUGCCCUUAUAUCAUAGGAACCAUGAACCAAGCUACGUGCUCCACUACCAACCUCCAACUACACCACAACUUCAGGUGGGUCCUCUGUGCCAAUCACAUGGAACCUGUCAAGGGAUUCCUGGGAAGAUACCUCCGUCGUAAGCUGUGUGAAUCUGAGGUGAAGACAGGCUCCAGGAACCCAGAUCUGAGCAAGGUGGUUGAUUGGAUGCCUAAAGUGUGGCAGCAUUUGAACAAGUUCUUGGAGACUCACAGCUCCUCUGACGUCACAAUUGGACCCAGACUCUUCCUAUCCUGCCCAAUGGACAUGGCUGGCUCUCAAGUCUGGUUCACAGACCUUUGGAACUACUCUAUAACCCCCUACCUCCUGGAGGCAGUGCGGGAAGGCAUACAACUUUAUGGCCGCCGUGCACCUUGGGAAGAUCCUGCUGAGUGGGUGAUUGGAUCGUAUCCAUGGACUAACGUCAAUACUGAUCCGGAAUUCCCGAACUUGUUGAGAUUGCGACCGGAGGAUGUUGGAUACGAGAAUCCAGCAGUUGCUGUUUCUGGCACUAAUCCAAAGAAAGCUGAACCUCAGACAGAGGCUGAAGACCCCUUGUUGAGUAUGCUGAUGAAGUUACAGGAGGCUGCUAGUUAUUCAAGUCCACAGAGUGCAGACAGUGACAAUGUUAGUUUAGACUCUCAUAGCAGCGUGACCAGUAGUAACACCCGUGAUGAAAAUACAUCAUCAAGUGUAGAGUCUACUAUUUGAAAUAACAACCUUCACGCGUAAUGGGCGUAUGACUACAAAUGUGGAGUCAACUGUUUGAAAUAACGACACAAGCUGUAUGCACUACGAAUAUACAUGCACUAUGAACAUACAGCGCCAAAUGUGAAGUCAGCUAUUUGAAAUAGCAGCGCAUAUAGUUUUAACACAUGUGUGUUGGUUCAUCUAUUUUGAAAAGCAUAAAAAUAUGUGAUGAACAGAAGUUAAGAUAACAAUUUGCAUGCAACCAUCGUUGUCAAGAUAGCAUUUGUAACUAUGUGCAACCACUAAUGACACAGGUGAUUGGCUGCAACCAAUUUCUGAUAUGAUCAACCAUCAUUACAUGUAAAAAUAAUUGACUAAUAAUGUCAGCUUGUAAAUCAUUUCUGAUAUUAUGUUUACUAUAUAUUGAAAUAAACACGUGUAAAAAUGUGAAAAAGAGUGGCCUUAAAAGUUUGAAGGUUGAUUUUGAAGUUUUGUAAAUAGCUUGGUGACCUACAUUAGUAUUAUGUUUGUACAUUUGUAAAUAUAAGACCUAUUGUAAAAAGAUCUACUGUAAAUACACAUAGCCUAUGUAUUAAUGUAAUACACAUAUGUAAACCAUAUUCUUAGAGAUAUGUAGCCUUUUAACAAUGCAAUAUUAGUUGACAAAUGCAAUCUGUGAAAACAUCGUUCAGUUAUUUAAGAAUAGAAAUGUACAAUUAACAAUUAGAAAUGUACAAUUAAUGAGCCGGUGUUAUGACUUUUGACUAGUUGGAUUUAAUUUAGUGAUAAAAUAUUAUCUAACUUUUAUUAACAUCUGCACACUUAAAUUAUUAAUGUCAUUAAUGAGGGGAAAAAAUACUAGAAAAAUUGAUGUAUAAAGGGGUAUGAAAGGUGAAUACUGGAAUUAGCCAAAAGGAUACUAAAUUAUGAUUUGUUUUUAAAGGCACAGCCAUGCCCCAAAUACUAAACAACAAAAAACUUUGUGGUUUGCUUUGUAGUUCUGCUUUGUAAUUACAUGUACUUUUAUACUAAUUUAUACAUUGAGGUGCUAAAAAUGCAAAUUGCUUUUUUUAUUAUGAUAACUUUAUAUUUUUAAAAGCACCAGGUGUCAAAGUAGAUUUGACAAAAGUUAGAGUUGUGCAAUUUUGUUUUAUUUAAAGAAUUAGUAUGAACGGUUUAACCCAAAAUAUCUGCCAAUAGAUUGGUUAAAUGACUUAUCUAUAUAAUCAGUUACCAUAGCAACAGUGUAGUAACUAAUGCAAAUAGCAUUGUAACUAACCCAAAAUGGAAAAAAUUGAAAUAUGAAAGCAUAUUCGUACAUGUAUAUGUAUAAUACAGGGUGACCCAUAUAUUUAUAUGGAUAGACACCUAUGGAACACCCUGUAUUAACCAGAUGACCUUAACUUAUUUUUAAAUAUAAUACAGUGUACAAAUGUAAAUUAUUAAAAUGAUGACUGUAGUAUAUAUAUUUACUACAACUGGAGUGUUAAUGUUUUUUAUUUAGCUUAAUGCAAACGUGAGUAUAUUUAGGAGCAACAUGUUGAAAAUGUAUUAAUUUGUAGUCCUACAAAAACAUGUACUGCAUCAUGUAUGUGAUGUUAGCUUCAAGUAAAAUCUAUUGCCAAGUUCAUUGUUUUUAUACGGUAUAAUAUUAAUAAUCAGUAUUUCCUAAAACUGGAGAUAUUAAAGCCACACUCAUCAAUGAAGAUUGGUUCAGUUUAAAUUGGCCUUUGAUAUGUUCAAACAAAUUAUUUCGAACCCUCUCCCUAUAAAUAAAAAAUAUACACUAGUACUAAGUGCUAUUUCUAAGUGUUGUUGAUUUACAAUUUCUGUUACUAAUUUGAGUUAAUGACAUGAGUUGUAAAUCAUUUUUAAAAAUACAUUUUGACACUAGCUAUUGUGACACCCUGUGUAUUGACUCCAGACCAUAAAAAGUAAACCACCAUAAUUUAUUGUGUUUAAUUCCAUUACAUCAUUAAAUUGUGUGAACUAGUUAAGAGUAAGGGAGCUAGGAUUAAUAAGAGGAAUAUUACCUCUUCUUAUCCAAAGCUUUCUUUCUGUUUGGACAUAUCUUGGGCUAGAUUUAAAUGAAAGAUGGCGCUUUAAAGCAAAAACAAACAAAAAAGUUCAACAUUGAGAAACUAUUUAAAAGUCUAGUUCAUUUUUGAACAAGUUAAAGGGUCGUGUUGGUCUUCCUUGAUUUAUGAGUUGUUUUUAAGUCAUUUUAUGUAUUCUGUACAAGCGCCUUUAAUGUUUUGUUGUUUUUAUGGGUUGCCUUGCCAACUCUACAAUAUUAUGUAUGUCGUAUCGAGUUUUAUUUGGUUCAUUUUGUCUUGUGUAUUAUACAGCUAUGGUUCUUAACAGAUAUAAAGUUUGAUACAAUAAAUUGUAAUUGAAAUAUAAAAAACA